CCCCGACAUUACCCUCUCUUGCCCCGGCCGUCUCAGCACUGACCCAGAAGACGCCGAGCAGCGGCGGGCCACGAUGGGCACGUACGGGCCGGCCAACGAGAAACUCCGCAACCUGGAGGAGGUCGAGAAGGAGAUCGCGCUCAUCUUGCAGAGCGCAGCUAACGCCAUCCUGGAGAUGUCAAAGGAGAAGGUAACGGAGAGAACGCUGGACCGACACGCCUCCCAGUUCACUGCUUCCGUCCAGCGGGUGGAGAUGGAGCUCAGCAGCCAGAUCCGCUACCUCACCCAGGUUGCCACAGGACAGCCUCACGAAGGUUCCAGUUACUCGGCACGGAAGGAUGCUCAGAUGGCAGUGAACCGAGUCGAAUACACCCACCUCAAGGUGCGAGACCUGGCCCGGACCUGCGACCAGAUGCUGGAGCAGCCGUGAGUCGAGUCCGUCCUGUCCUCUGUUCGCGCCACCCACCGGGAACCUGUAACCCAGCCGGGCACCUCUGUGUGUUCGCCGGACACGGCCUGGUUCACGAUCCGGUUACCGUCUGUCCGUCUCUACCACUUGGGUCUGUUUAACACUGAACCAAAUGGAGGGUCAGCUCCGGAUGUGAAUGUGGGUGACAGCAUGGAGCGCUCCAGGCAGGACGGGGGAUAGGGUCCCGAUCCAUAAUAACUGAGGGCUCUUCCUUUACCAUGUGAACUCCAGCUGAACACCACCUUCCUGCCUUCCUCACUACCUCCUCCCCUACCCCUACCCUUACUCCUCACUCUCCCACCCUCCCAUCAUUUCUCCCAACUCCCCCCUCCGCCUCCCCUCCCUACUCUUCCCCCUCACCACUUUCCUCACACCUACUCAACCCCUCAAAUUUCCACACAAAUUCUCAUCUCCCCUGCCCUUCUCACAUCUCAUCCUUCUCAUCACCCGCUGCACCCUCACCUCCCCUCCCUGUUCCAUCUCCUACACUGAUGCUGGAAUUGGAGCUGCUGUGCUUGAAGUGGGUGCAGUUUUCAGGCUAAAGAGGUGUUUGGGUGCAUUGGGAAAUAGGGUGCUGGGUGAUGGGAUUGGUGCUGUCGAGGUGUGUGUGGAUGCAGGGUACUGUGGGGAGGGUUUGAGUGCAGAGGAAUGGGUGUGGGGGGAUGGUGAUAAGUACUGGUGUGGGAGGGAGUGGCUACUAGGGGUGGGGAAUGGUGGUGUUUGCUAGGGGUGGGAGAGUGCUGUAUGUGUGAGGAAAUGAGAUGGCUGCUGGGAAACUGGCACGGGUGCUGGGGAAGGGGGAUGGUUGCAAGGUGCUGCUUUGACGGGGAACAUCUCCACGUAGUGACGCUCAUUGUCUGCUGUGAUUGGUGUACUGGGCGUCUCUCGGUCCCGUGUUGUAUUUCUGUGUCUGCAGGGAUCAAUUCCCUUGAAAUAAAUGGAAAGCAGUGGA